AUGUCGAAGAAGCCCAAAAAUAACCAUAGACGGCGGAGGAAGAAGUCAUCUGCCCAAGUAACAGCUGAGGGGCGAAAGUCGGAGCUCUCAGCUCUUAUUGAUGAAGUAAGCGUUCAGAAAAAUGCUUCAGCAUCUACUGCGGAUCGAAAUGAAGAUCAGCAGCUCAUAGACCGAAAAAUUGAUCCGGAAUUUAUUAGUAUCUUUCAAAGAUUCGAGGCCUCCAAGGAAACGAAUAAAUCGGACAGUGUGCCGCAGUCUGGGGUUGUUUCAGUUUCGAAGUUUAGCCCGCCUGCUAAUGAUUUAGACGACUAUUCGGAUGAUGCGGAGGCAGAGAGACCAAAGAGCAAAAGGAAAGCAGCCAAACCGUCUCUUUCCACGUUGAAAUCUAUUUCGACCCAUCCCGAUCUUAUACAAUGGUAUGACUGUGAUUCUCCGGAGCCAUUCUUUUUGGUGAAGAUAAAAUCUGCCAAGAAUAUUGUACCUAUCCCAAGUCAUUGGCAAGCCAAGCGGGGGUACCUUUCGGGGCGUUCUUUACUUGAAAAGAAGCCUUUUGAACUUCCCGAUGUAAUCAAGCAAACCGAUAUUGAAUCUAUGAGGAAUACUGUGCUCGGAUCAGGAGAAGAUGGCAGCUCGCUUAAGAAGGAUGCAAGAUCACGAGUGCAGCCAAAACUAGGGCGAUUGGAUUUGGAUUAUGUAAAGAUGCAUGAUGCCUUUUUUAAACUAGGCCGACACUGGAGGCCAGAACUGAUGCUAACAUUUGGUGAUUUGUAUUACGAAAAUAGAAACUUGGAGCAGGAGCUAAGUUGGACUAGAAUGAGACGAAAAUACAAACCGGGAAAAUUAUCGUUGGAAUUGAGGAACGCUAUGGGGCUUCCCGAGGGGAGACCUCCUAUCUGGUGCAAAAAGUGGAAAGAUAUUGGUUUACCGCCGGCCUAUCCAGGGUUUAAGGUUGCGGGAAUAAACUGGGAUGCUAGCAAUGUGAAAGCGGGUCGAUAUGGAAUUUGGAAAAAUCAGGAGCAAGGAGAGAAAGUCGAGUUGUUUGGUCAACUACUGUCUUUUGAAAAAGAGAAUCAGCUACUGGAGCGUGAAAAAGAUAGGAGGACCAAUUCGAAAGGUAUUGUAGAUCAUCAACCAACCAUUGUCACUGACGAGGUUAUUCAAGAGCCGCUGAAAGAUAUACCGAUUGAUGCAAUACCAGUUACAGAGAUCCACGAGACUGCUACAAAUAAAGCUACUGAAGAGCGAUCGUACACUACUCUUGAAGAGAAUAAACGUUCUCAGGAUCCGGAACUUCUCCUAAAGGGAGGGUACAAUACUGCAGGGAAACGGAAGAAACAAAUAACUCCUGAUGUUAAUCCCAAACGACAUCAGUUUAAAUCUGUCUCAAAAGACGAAGAUACAAUCGAUAAUUUCAAGUUUUGA